CCAGCAUACCAAGUUCAAACCCACGUAUUCACACUGAUAAAACCACCCAGAAAUGCCAACCCCACCUCCAUCCACACGCUACCUCUCCCUCCUCUUACUUGUCUUCGGCUCAUCUCUCAUCCGAACCUCUCAUGGCGGCGGGAUUGCCAUUUACUGGGGCCAAAACGGCAAUGAAGGUACCCUCACCAGUACAUGUGCCACCGGCAGAUAUGCCUAUGUGAACCUCGCAUUCCUCAAUAAGUUUGGCGGCGGCCAGACCCCGCAAAUCAACCUUGCAGGCCACUGCGACCCCGCCUCAGGUGGCUGCACUAGCAUAAGCGGCGGCAUUCAGAGCUGCCAGAAUCAGGGCAUCAAGGUGAUGCUGUCCCUUGGCGGCGGCGUUGGGAGCUACUCGUUGGCAUCUCAGGCCGAUGCUAGGAACGUAGCAGACUAUCUGUGGAACAAUUUCUUGGGUGGCACAUCAAGCGCUCGUCCUCUAGGAAACGCAGUCUUGGAUGGUAUCGACUUUGAUAUCGAACUUGGGUCUACCAAAUAUUGGGAUGAUCUUGCCCGUUAUUUAUCGGACUAUAGCAAGCGAGGAAAAAAGGUGUACUUAACGGCAGCUCCUCAGUGCCCUUAUCCCGAUAGUCAUUUGGGGGCUGCGCUUAACACCGGUCUUUUCGACUACGUCUGGGUACAGUUUUACAAUAACCCUCCAUGUCAAUACAGCUCGGGGGAUAUUAGCAAGCUCACGAGUUCUUGGAGCAAAUGGGUUGCUUCCAUAAACGCCGGGAAGAUGUUCUUGGGCCUGCCGGCAUCGUCGGAAGCAGCAGGAAGUGGGUAUGUUCCGCCAAACGUGUUGACUUCUCAGAUACUACCUGUCAUAAAGAAGUCAGCAAAAUACGGAGGCGUAAUGCUGUGGCAAAAGUACUAUGAUGAUAAGAAUGGUUACAGUGCGUCCAUUAAGAAUAGUGUAUGAGCUGGAUCUCCACGCAUGAGAGGAGUGCAGUCUCAUCUCUAGAAUUAAAUAAAGCUGUUGGCAAGCGGUAUGUCCAAUACAAAAAGGCUUGGGCCAAUAUGUAAUGUGGGACUAUAAAACUCUGAGAAAAGUUUACUGUUUAUGAA